AUGCUGGCUUUGGGCUCGCACGCCUGCAAUCGGACGAGAAGGGCGGCGCAGACGCAGAGCUUGGAGCACGACAUGGACUCCUUCAGCCGCGAGCCGGACAGGUCCACCUCCUUCAAGGGCACGCAGCUGAAGAACCAGAUCAAGGCGAAAUUCCAUGAGCUGGAUGUGAACAAGGACGGCGCCCUGAGCUUCCAAGAGCUGGUGGUCUUCUUAAACUGCUUGUCCUCGAAGCUCACGGAGAAGGAGGUGCAGCAGAUCUUUAGGAGGAUGGACCGGAACCGCGACGAGGUGGUGCAGUUCGACGAGUUUGUGGAUUUCAUCUUCAGCUCGGACAUGGACAAAAACCCCCGGCUCCGUGCCGAUGUGGAGGCCGCAGCCAAGCGGAGCCUAGACCACGUGAGUCAGCUCGAGGGCUCCGUUGCGCAGCAGCGCCAUGAGCGGCAGGCGGCGGAGAAGUCCGGGCGGAAGCGCUUGGGCGCGCUGGAGGGCAAGUACCUCUUCAGCUGGGAUGGGGAGGACGACUGCCUGGAGAAGAUGGAGCUGGAGCUGUCGGAGCGGGGAACCUUCAGCUUUCGAGCGUUCUCCCAGCUGGACAAGGGCAUGACAGACAUUGACACUUCUCAGGGCGUUUGGGAGGUCUCAGCUACCGAGCCAGAGGUUCUCCUCUACAAGGAGGUGGGCCCCGUGGAGCGCUUGCGCCUGGCCGCCGGGGAGCUCGACACCGGCAAGGUGGGCCCUUUGCACCUCGGAGCCAUUGGGUUCGACCUCACCGGCGCGCUGCGGAGCUUGAAGGUGGACAAGAAAGUGGGCCCUGUCAGCGAGGGCCUCUUCAAGCCCGGCGCCGCGGCAGGGGAGCGACGGCUCCAGGACUUCCUGAAGAAGCGCCUGAAGAACUUUGCGCGGCUGUUCGGGCAGAUCUCGGCGCAGCGCUGCGCCCUCGCGGUCCGGAAGGCUGCCAAAGGUGCAGCCAAAGCCGGCAGCGAGUCCUUCUUGGAGGAGUCCGUGGUCCGGCGAGAGCUGUCUGACAACUACUGCUGGUACAAUCAGAACUACGACUCCUUGAAGGGAGCUGCAGCCUGGGCAGCGGGCCUGGCAGAAGUUGAGCUGCUGGCGUUGAAGCUGGGCGUUGACAAGCGUGAGCAUGUCUACACCAGGAAGCAGCUGGAGCAGGGGCCCAUGGUCUUGACGCACAUCACCCCGGGGCAGUCUUUGGACGGGAAGAUGCACGGCUUCCUGCGGAUGUAUUGGGCCAAGAAGGUGCUGGAGUGGAGCAAAGCGCCGGCGGCGGCGCUGGGGAAUGCCAUCUACCUCAACGACCGCUACAACCUCGACGGGCGCGCCCUACCGCACGACAUGGGCUGGCCCGAGCGGAAGAUCUUCGGAAAGAUUCGGUACAUGAACUACGAGGGGUGCAAGCGCAAGUUCAAGGUGGAGGAGUUUGAGCAGCGCUAUCCGGUCCGGUGCUCAGACGCAGGCGCCCGCGAAAAGGCGCGGGAUGUGCGGAUCCUGGUGGUUUCAGCAAAGCCGAGUUGGCCAGCAGUGGAGUGUGUCUCGGAAGAGCUGAGGAGUACCGAGUACGCCGGCCGCGCGCCGCGCUUCCAAGCGGCCAUGCUGAAGGCCCUGCACACCAUGCAGCUGGAAGUAGAAGCCGUGCAGGGCCACGUGCGUGGUGCCUGGCUUCAGCUGGGCACCUGCACUCCAGACAAGGAGUGCUACAUGGAGCAGAUCCACCUGGUGUUCCUCCUCGCCAUCCUGGUUGGCGCCAUUGUUGCCAUGCUUUGUGCGUUUGGCUUCUUCAGAGAGGACAAGGAUGAGAUGUUCACGCCCCUUACGCCACAGAUGGUGGUGAAGAAGGAGAGCAUGCUGUGGGUGCGCUUCCCAUUCGACACGAAGGAAGACUCCUUCAAGAUCACCAAGGUCGACGGCGAGGUCCUCUGCCAGGUGACCAUGGAAUGGCCAGACCCCUUCAGAGAAUCCGUGGUUUCCGGCAACAUGGGCACCGUGAAGAUCCUCAGCGCCAAGGGCAUGCCUUUGGCGGAAGUGCGGGCGAGGCAGCUGAGUAUGGCCGGGCAGGGCCUGGCGUUGUGCCGCCCCGCCUCCAACGACUUCUUGCCGGACGUCUUCGCGUUCUGCGAACCAGAAGGGCAGAGGCUCUCCAUUCGACACAGGACUGGCUAUCCGCUUCUGACUCUGUCCGGCGACUUUGAGGGUGGCUCUGAAGGCAUGGUCCUGGACGGCCGGAACAAGGACCACGCCCAGAUCUGCGGCCUUCAGAAAGUGGGCGACGAGCUGCAGUGCUUCGUGCUGAAGUACAUUGAUGCAGGUCUCGUCAUCGGCGGCCUGCUGGCCAUUAUGCUCCAGCGCAGGCUGUCGGAGCGCGAGGCCGCCGCGACCGCGCCCGCGGCCGCGGCGGCGGCGCAGGGCCGCGCCGCGGCCGGACCCGGCGCAGGAUGA